GUCUGAUUUACAGGAAACCAAUAGUACAUUUAACAACCACCAUAUGCCCUCGGCACGGCUGGAGGAACAGAUAGAACACAAGAGGGGAAGAGCCACUCGACUGUUCACAAAGCUGAGGAGCAACACAUGACUCAUCUUUCUGAGGAAUUAAUCUUCUCUACUGAGAAGACAGAGAGGACACUUAAAUUUGUUUUACUUGCUGACAAUUUAACAAUUGAAUCAUUUCACAAAGGGAAAGACUUUUCAAGACAAAAGAAGGAAAUUUGUGGAGCUGCUGGGUGCAGAUUUUUAAACCUUUUUCCUGCCUGUUGAACAUGACUGAGAAAAAAAGUUGAGUACACACGAGAGGAGUACUUUUUGAAUAUUAUAAACCUAACAAAAGGACCUAAACAUGAAUAGCAGUGGUCAAAACAGCUGUGAAAAGAAUGAUGACUUUAAAUACUUUAUGUACAGCGUGGUCUUCAGCUUGGUGUUUGUGGUGGGACUUUUAUUCAACGUGAUAGCGAUGUACAUCUUCUUCUGCACACUGAAGGUACGGAAUGAGACCACCACGUACAUGAUGAACCUCGUGGUCUCGGAUACUCUAUUCGUCCUUAGCCUGCCUUUUCGGAUUGUGUACUUCAUCCGACGUGACUGGCUGUUCGGCAGCAUCCUCUGCAAGAUCUCCGUGGCCCUGUUUUAUACCAACAUGUACAGCAGCAUCCUCUUCCUCACCUGCAUCAGCAUGGACCGCUUUCUGGCCAUUGUCCACCCGUUCCGGUCGCAGAGGAUCCGCACAAAGAGGACCGCCAAACUGGCCUGCCUAAUGGUGUGGGUGAUGGUUCUCUGUGGCAGUAUACCCACUGGGUUCCUUCUGGACACCACCUCACCUAACAACACCAACUCUUCCUCGAACUUCUGCUUCGAGAACUACUCGAAAAAACAGUGGAAGGCUGAGUUGUCGAAGGUGGUGAUUUUUAUUGAGACUGUGGGCUUCAUCCUACCACUAUUGCUCAAUGUAUUUUGCUCAGUGAUGGUGUUACGAACACUGAGGAAAUCUCAAACCAUCAGCCGUGGAGGGAGCCUCAACAAGGCAAAGGUCUUGAGGAUGAUCUUUGUGCAUCUGCUCAUCUUCUGCUUCUGCUUCAUUCCAUACAACGUUAAUCUCAUCUUCUACGCCCUGGUGCGCUCCAACAUCCUAAAGGGGUGCUAUGCAGAGCAGGUGGUCAGAACGAUCUACCCCAUAGCUCUCUGCUUAGCUGUGACCAACUGUUGUUUUGAUCCAGUUGUUUACUACUUCACAUCAGAGACAAUUCAAAGCUCCAUCAAGCGAAAGUCAACAGCUUGGUACAAUGGGACCAAAUUAAUGCAAACAGAAAGCAUACAAGGUAGUCCGAAUACAGCAGUCAAGAACCUUACACUAAGGGGCAUGAGAUUAAAUGACAAUGAGUCCACUGUUGAUGAGUUCUACCAGAGAUGUGAGUGAUAACCCAGCAAGUGCGGUUAAUGAAACCUGAAUUAAAGCAAAGUGACUUUGAAUUCCAAACAGAAAUAUUAAGGAGUUGCUCCCUUCAGUGAUGGUGUUACAAUGUGAGGGUGAAGGCAACAGACUUUGGAUUCAGAUUAGAGAUGAUGAUCCCUAAGCAGCAAUAAAACAGAAGAAAGGUGUGUUGCAACUAUUUAUAUAACAGCUUUUAGUGAUAUUCAUUGGAAAAUGAGUAAAUAAUGUCCAGUUUAGUGCUCUAAAUAAUUGUUGCACCCAUGAUUUUAUGUUUGUGUUGCUAUUUAAUAAAGCUGAACCAGCAUUAUUCCUCCUUUUAAAGGUGCUAUGUUCUGCAGUUUGCAGUCAUUCAUGUAUCUUGUAGUCACAUUAAGCCCAAUGUGCAGCAUGUUAUGUAAAAACUUUCACUUACGUACUGAGUCAAUAAAAUUGUUUCAUUAUUUUAA